AUGGAAUAGUAACAUAAAGGUACAAUUAUUUGUUGUAUUUAUAGGAAAUACUGAACCUGGAGAGAUGAAUUCAAAUUGUUAAUAAUUAUUUAGCACAAACACUCUUUUUUUAAAUAAUAUAGGAUUGAGUACAAACAUUUCAUCUAGUACAUUGAGACACACAUCACCAUAAAUAUCUUUUGGUAAGGCAAAUAGAUUUCAUACUUAAUCUUAAUUAUAAUUACCAACAAAAUUGGAAUUACCUUCAUAAUUAGGAAAGAGGUUAUAAAUAUAUUGAUUACAUAAUAGAUACACAUAAUAAGGGUUUGGUAAUAAGAUAAUAUUUUAAUAUGAAUGGUAAAAGGCUAAUGCAAAGGAAUUACCUAGUCCAGAUCGUUAUUAAGUUCGUUAAGAGCCAGGAAAUGAUAAAUUAAAGAAAUCUUUUGGUUUAUCAUGGGAAGCUUACUCAAAAACAUAUUUACCUUAUAAUAAACAUUAAUCACCUGAAGUUGCUAGAUAUUUACCAGGUAAAUUUAUAUAUAUAUAUAUAAAAAGGACCUGGAGAAUAUACUGUGCGUUAGGAUUUAGGUUAACAUAGAUAUUAAUUUUAAUUAAAAGGAAAAGGUAAAAUGUUCAAUGAUCAAAGAGAGAAUGGAGUACCUGGACCUGAAGCAUAUUAACCUUAAAUAUGUUUGACAGUUCCAAAUCGAUUUUCUGUAAAUUUAAUUCUAAACUUUAGAAAAUCUCAUAAGGAAUUGGUGAAAAGAAGAAUCCAUUUAAAUCUUUUAGUUUUGCUCCAGGACCAGGAAGAUAUGAGACUAAUUCUGCUUUUGAUAAAGUUAGCAAAAAAAGAGAAUUUAUCACUAAACCAGGAGAAAGAAGACCUUUUAUAUGA